AUGGUAGUACGUAAAACUUAUACUACCAGCUUUGAUUUCAGAACAUUCCGCUGGGUGCAGGCAAUGAGGUUUGCGAUGGAGGAAAUUAACAACAACACCGAGCUUCUCCCGAACGUGACGCUGGGUUACGCCAUCGCUGACACCUGCCUGACACAGCGGACUGCUCUCAGGGAGGCCCUGGCUCUGGUGACAGGAGAGAGGGAGACGGUGUCUGGCUCCAGCUGUGGACGAGCUCCAGAUGUGCCCGUCAUUAUUGGGGAUGCCAGCUCCUCUGGAUCCGUGGUUAUUGCCAGAACCCUGGGAGUCUUCAGAAUUCCUAUGGUCAGCUACUUUGCUUCGUGCGCAUGCCUCAGUGACAAAAACAAAUUCCCAUCUUUUUUCCGAACAGUUCCAAGUGAUUAUUUCCAGGCCAGGGCGAUGGCCAAAUUACUGAAACGUUUUGGCUGGACCUGGGUGGGAGUCAUAGCUGGAGACGAUGAUUAUGGGAAAUUUGGAAUACAGAUAUUCCGAGAAGAAAUUAAGAAUUUUGAUGUCUAUUCAGAGGAAAAGAUUUUCGAAAUUAUCAAAGCAGUAAAGCUCUCCACAGCGAAAGUUAUUGUCACUUUUGCUAUUCAGUCAGAUAUUAUUUUUGUUCUAGAGCAAAUUGUGAAUCAAAAUAUCACUGAUAAGCAGUGGAUAGCCACAGAAGCUUGGAUUACAUCUUCACUGGUUUCAACCCCAAGGAAUUUACACUCCUUGGAAGGGACUCUAGGUUUUGCACUGCGCAGGGCAGAGAUUAAAGGACUCAAGUCUUUCCUGGAAAGAAUUCACCCUGCUUCAGAUCCUACUGAUCCAUUCAUUGCCGAAUUCUGGGAAACAAUGUUCAAAUGUUCUUUGGGUCUCCUGACCUCACCCACUCUUAAACCCAAUUGCUCAGGCUUAGAAAAAUUAGAAAGUGUCAAAAGUAUUUAUAAUGAUGUCUCACAAUUAAGAGCAACAUACAAUGUGUACAAAGCUGUGUACUCAAUAGCUCUGGCUCUUCAAGACAUGCUGCUCUGUGGCCCUGGAAAAGGUCCUUUUGAGAACGGAACAUGCCCAGACAUCACUGACCUCCAGCCAUGGCAGCUUGUACACUAUCUCAAAGAAGUACAUGGUAGCACACCUGUAGGAGAGAAGAUAUAUUUUGAUGAAAAUGGGGAUCCAGCAGCAUCGUAUGAUAUCAUCAACUGGCAGAAGGAGGCAGACGGGUCGGUAAAGUUUGUGAAAGUUGGUCAGUUUGACGCAUCGGAGGGAUCUGAGAAUGAGUUUAACAUUGAGGAAGACAGCGUGGUUUGGACUGGAGGCCAGCGUGAGGUUCCUCAGUCAGUGUGCUCUGAAACCUGCCUCCCAGGAACGUGGAAAGCUGCUCAGAAAGGAAGGCCAGCCUGCUGUUUCGACUGCCGGCCUUGUGCUGAUGGAGAGAUCAGCAAUAUUACAGGUUCUGUAGAAUGCAAAAAGUGUCCACCCACAUAUUGGUCUAAUGCCCAGAAAACAGCUUGUGUGCCAAAAGAGACUGAAUACCUGUCUUACCAAGAGACCAUGGGGAUUAUCUUGGCAGCUAUUUCAAUCGGCGGAGCCGCCAUCACUGCCUGUGUGAUUUGCACCUUCUUUCACUUCAGGGAAACUCCGAUCGUCAAAGCCAAUAACUCUGAGUUAAGCUUCCUGCUCCUGGUGUCCCUGGUGCUUUGCUUCCUGUGCUCCCUGGCUUUCAUUGGCCAGCCUCUGCCAUGGUCCUGCAAGCUGCGCCACACAGCGUUCGGGGUGAGUUUUGUCCUCUGCAUCUCCUGCGUCUUGAGCAAGACGGUUGUUGUGCUGGUGGCUUUUCGCUCCACGCUUCCUGGCAGCAACAUCAUGAGACACUUUGGUCCUGUGCAGCAAAGAGCCGGCAUUCUGUUCUGCACCCUGGUGCAGGUUUUAAUCUGUGUGCUCUGGCUGACACUGUCGCCACCCUAUCCAUCAAGGCUCUUGGAGCAGAGCGCAAAAAUUAUUCUGGAGUGCAACGUGGGCUCUGUGCUGGGAUUUGCCUGUGUUCUGGGCUAAAUCGGCUGCCUGGCCUGCGUCUGCUUUGUCCUCGCAUUUUUAGCCAGGAAACUCCCAGACAACUUCAAUGAAGCCAAGCUCAUCACGUUCAGCAUGCUCAUCUUCUGUGCGGUUUGGGUCACUUUUGUACCAGCUUACAUCAGUUCUCCAGGAAAGUACACAGUCGCUGUUGAGAUUUUCGCUAUUCUGUCAUCCAGCUAUGGUCUUCUAGUGUGCAUUUUUGUCCCUAAGUGCUACAUCCUCCUGCUGAAGCCUGAGAGGAACACUAAAAAGCAGCUGAUGGGCAAGGUGCCAGCAAUACACUAAAGAAAAUAGUAAUAAAUAAUAAGAAGAC